AUGCCCUCGUGCUCCUGGACGCCGACGAGGAAGGCGGCCACGUCGACCACGGCAGCACACGCGCGGUCCGUGAGCCAGCCGUGCCACCCGGUGCUCAGGGCAUGGUGCGGCGCCGGCGGAGCCUCCUCCUCCUCCACCCACGACCUCGCGCUCUUGGACGUCGUCCUGGUCGCGCUCGGCGACCUGCUGGCCACGCCACGGGCCGUGGCGGCCCUCCACGACGCCGACCAGGUCCUCGACGGCCUCCUUGUGCUCGCGGACGCGUAUGACACGUUCAAGUCGGCGCUACUGCGGCGGCGAGCGUGA